CUAUUGGGCUUGGAAUUGGAAAUUUUUAUUAGUGAGAGUUUUAAUUUAUAAGCCCGAAAGGCGUCUCUGCACCAACUCGCCUCUCUCUGCCCUGGGAAGGGGAUCUAUCUCAUUUCCAAGGCCACUUUCCGGUUUGAUCUCCGAUCAGAUAAAUUUUCCUGGGGACAAUGAAUUUCCUGCAGCGGUAUACUACCCAGAAUGUAGUGACAGAACAGGUUCCUGUACAAGAACCUCCAGCAGACACACGUCAGACAUCAAAACCAUCAGGAACUUUGGAGGGUCUUAUAGCUGAAGACCCAUUUCCCCAAUCUCCUACAGCACAGGCUCGUGAUGGAGAGGCUCAGGGAAGUGGAGAUGAAAAUGGCACUGUUGGUGGUGCGAGUGCUAAGAAUGACUCUCAUGUGGUGGCAAACCACCAAGAUGUUUCUGAGGAAGAAGGAUGGAUUACUAUUCCUCAAGGGGAACUUCCUGAUGAUUGGAAUAAUGCAACAGAUAUACAUUCAUUGCGCUCCCUGGAUCGGUCAUUUGUUUUUCCUGGUGAGCAAGUUCAUGUCCUGGCAUGCUUGUCAGCAUAUAAGCAGGAUACAGAAAUUAUUACUCCAUUUAAAGUAGCUGCAGUGAUGUCCAAGAAUGGUAUUGGACAAAGCCCUGAAAAACAAAAUGGGAGUGUGAAAGAAGGAACAAGAGUGAGUCCUGGAGAAGGGGAAGUCAGUUCUGAUGGCCAAGCUGUAGACCAAAAUGGGAAGGAACCAUCAAAACAAGACAUUGAUCCACAAAAGUACAUUUCUGCCAGUGAAUCGUUUCUCAGAAUGGAAGAUCAGAAAAGACAAACUGAAACAUUGUUGCAAAAAUUUCGGAACUCUCACUUUUUUGUUAGGAUUGCAGAAGCAGGGGAGUCACUUUGGUCAAAGAAAGGUGCUUCUGGUCCAAAAUCUUCUGAGAUAGAAGGUCAGAACUACACUGUAAAUGAAGCCAAAACAUCUGCAAAUAACAAAUCCCGACUUGGUGCUCUUAUUGAUAGAGGCAACUUUGAUGCUAAUCUCUCUGGUGGAGCUGCAAGAAAUAGUGUUUCAUGUUGCUCUCUCCCUAAUGGAGACAUAGUGGUUCUUUUACAAGUUAAUAUUGGUGUCAAUUUUUUGAGAGACCCUGUUAUUGAGAUUCUUCAAUUUGAGAAAUAUCAAGAGACAAAUUUUUUCCCCAAGAAACAGGGCAACUUAAAUGGUGCAGAUUAUGACCCAUGUGGUGAAUUGUUAAAAUGGUUGCUUCCUUUGGAUAACACUCUUCCUCCUCCAGCUCGUUCUUUUUCUCCUCCUCGUUUAAGUUCUGCUUCUGGAAUUAGUGGUACUUCUCAAAAGCCUACAGCUUCUGGUUCUCAGCUCUUCUCUCAUUUGAGAAGUUACUCCAUGUCAUCAUUGCCUCAAAAUACUACACCACCUCCUCAGCCUGUUAAAGCCAAAAGUUAUAAGCCCAACUUUGACAUUGGAGACUGGAAUCAGUACUCAUCUCAGAAAUUAUUGAAAGGCCAAAAAAUGGGAGGUGAAGGUCUUUUGUCUUUCCGAGGUGUAUCAUUAGAGCGAGAAAGAUUUUCUGUUCGUUGCGGGUUGGAAGGCAUCUAUAUUCCAGGAAGGAGGUGGAGGAGGAAACUUGAAAUAAUUCAACCUGUAGAGAUCCAUUCUUUUGCAGCUGACUGCAAUACAGAGGACCUUCUCUGUGUUCAGAUAAAGAAUGUUUGUCCAACAAAUAAUCCGGAUAUUGUGGUAUACAUAGAUGCUAUAACAAUUGUUUUCGAAGAGGCUUCAAAGGGUGGGUCACCUUCAUCAUUACCAAUUGCAUGCAUUGAAGCUGGAAAUGACCACUGUUUACCAAAUCUAGCCCUCAGGAGAGGUGAAGAGCACUCUUUUAUUCUUAAACCAGCAUGCCCCCUGCUAAAGAAUCUUAAAGUUCACAGUGAAAGACUUUCCCCAUCACCAAGUUCACGACUUGCAUCAAGUAACGCUGAAGGAAAGAGUGUUUCAAAUAUCGAUCAAUAUGCAAUUAUGGUAUCUUGCCGAUGCAAUGACACUGAGUCAAGGUUGUUUUUCAAGCAGCCAACUACAUGGCGACCACGUAUCUCAAGGGACCUUAUGAUCUCUGUUGCAUCUGAGAUGUCAGGACAAUGUUCUGGAGCUAAUGAAAGAGCCUCUCAGCUUCCGGUCCUAACACUUCAGGCAUCAAAUUUGACAUCUGAAGAUCUAACUAUGACAGUUCUUGCUCCUGCUUCAUUUACUUCUCCUCCUUCAGUCGGGUCCUUGGGUUCACCAACAACAUCAAUGAGUGCACUUGUUGAUUCUUCCGAGUACUCAGGUAGAAUAAGUGGAGAGAGAAGUGGCGCAGCAGUACAGAGGGCGAGCUCUGUGCCUCCACCAGAGAAUCCAAAACAGAGUGGUAUUGGUGGAGUUCACUCUGUUUCUUUUAAUGGACAGUCAUCUCCGAUAACUGAUGUCAUUCCAAGUAGUGAUUUGGGUUGCACGCAUCUAUGGCUCCAGAGUCGAAUUCCAUUAGGCUGCAUCCCUGCUCAAUCAACAGCUACCAUCAAGCUGGAGCUACUUCCCUUGACUGAUGGCAUAAUUACACUGGACACAUUACAGAUUGAUGUUAAGGAGAAAGGUCGCACAUAUGUUCCUGAGCACUCGCUAAAGAUAAAUGCAACUUCGAGCAUUUCCACCAGGAUUGUUUAGAAUGGAUUUCAUGUAACUUCUGUUUCUUACCACAUUUUAUGAAGAGGAACUCAAAAGGCUGUCUGAAAUGUAGCACCUAGUUAUUUGCCUUCCUUGAUGUGGGAAUGGUUAUGUUAAUUUUUUUUUUUUUAAAUAUAGCAUCACCUCAUGUAUCCUAAAUCACGAUCAGGAGAAACAAUAUUUGUUAUAUAGCCCCCUGGUGUUGGGAAAGAAAUAUACCCCUUAUAGAUGAUUCGAACUGUGAAUUGUAGUUGUGUGACACUCUCCACAACGCCAUAAAAUCCUUUUUUUUUUUUUUUCUUUUUGGUUUUAUUGUAUCCAGUUAUCCACUACUCUAUGAGCUCCCCUCUUUUGCUUCUGGUCUAUUAUGUUUAUAUGUGCAAUUGCAAGGAGUCCAUAAUUGUAUGGUUUUGAUGGAAGAAAUGUAAAUUGGAAAUUCUUAAAAAAGGAGGGAGGCUGGUUUCAGAAGGUUUAAGCUUCAGACUUCCGCUUUGCAAGGUUGUUCUAGGAUUCUUGUAAAUCAAACGUUUUUUUUUUUUUGUUGUUCUCGGAAACUAGUAAAACAGAAAAUAGAACAUUAUUUGGUUUGUGGUU